AUCAAGUGAAUGCUUCAACUAGUUUGUUUCUUUAGACUAGUUUACAAAUUUAGGAUUUCCAAUCAACUUCAUGAGCUCUGCGCCAUGUGCGAAAAGAACUUGAACCUUCAUGAAAUUUUGACGAUGCUAGAAGAUGAAGAGAUCCAAGUGCCACCUGAUGAAGAAAUUGGCGUAUAUAUUCAGCCACCAAUCAAUGCAAAUGAUGAUGUCACUGAUGAGGAUUCUGGGGAUGAGGACAUGACUUCAAUCCAUCAUCUUCCAGGAAACCAACUAUUGGCCCCGGCUGAAGUUUCCCAAGAAUUUGAACUGAGUGACAACAAAGAUGAAGAGGAUCCUUCUUUAUCACAACCAACCUUACCCUCUAGUUCAGCGAAGAUGGACAUAGCACAGCCACCAAAUAAAAAAGUAAGACGAAUUCAGAAUUUCACUGAAGAGAAACCAGCAAAAAAGGUUAGUAAGCCAUUCACUAAAAAGCAGUACAAAUGGGUCAAAGAGGACCUAAAACUAGAUGAUACUAUUUGGAGUAAUAGACAGGAAGUACAACAAAAAUUAACACCAAUGGAACAGUUUUUCUGUAUUUUCGAUGAUGAUAUUGUAGAUUUAUUAGUUGAGAAAACAAAUCGUUUAUGCGGCAUUACAUAA